AUGGCCGGAGAAUUUGAGAUUGCUGAGACCAAUUAUUGUGCUAACCUAAACUACGAGGAUUGUUCUGAUCGUUUCAAGAAAUGGAUUCGCUUUCUGACUCAACAAAGUCUUGUCAGUACUGCACUAACCGCUGAUGUUCCUAUUCAAAUGGAUCCCGUAGUUUACCAUCCCGGCCCAAUCGAUGGCAGCUUGUUGACAUUGCAGAAGGAUCACAGGUCUGAGGCGGUGUGGAACAGGAGAGAGCCACCGGAGGAUUUGAUAGUGACGGGCAACUUCGGUGAUUAUUGGAACACAGUUAAAAAUCACCGGCCGCAUGUCUCGAUAGUGACUGCCAUCACGGCCGCGGGUUUUGGAUGGAUUUUCAGGCCGGGGAAGGCCACCAUCACACUGGAGGAUGUUCAUCACAUUCUCGGCUUACGGACCACUGGCCGACCACUUAUCCUGCACGGGUACACCUCCACUCCAGCUCAGAGGGUGGCUUUGGUACGGGAUUUACUUGGACUGGCUCCUGACACCGAUGAUUUGAGGAAGGACAAUUUGAAGAUCCGGUGGUUGAUUACACACUUUGGCAGAUGUCACCGGUUGGACGAGUUGGCUGGUGAUUUUGGUGCGCAGUCUAUCUUUCACAUUAGGGCACACCUACUUUGUGUGAUCGGAUCGUUGUUUCCACAUGCCAGCGGGAACUCUGUGCCGCUAAGCCUUCUUCGGUUACUAGAUGACCUGGAGAGCCUGGGUGGUUAUAGUUGGGGUAGUGCUGUUCUUUCCUACACAUAUAGGAAGAUGUGUGAUGCGAGCAGAGGAGUCAAAGACUUCACUGGGUAUGCCACAUUACUUCAGGUGUGGAUAUACGAGCGGUUCCCUACGAUAGCUCCACAUCUCAGGUCUCAACCCCAGUUCACUUACCCACUUGCGCUUAGGUGGGUGGCUUCAGUGACCCGUACUCAGGUGCCGGACUCUCAGAGUCGUAUGACCCGGUACGAGUUGGAUAACAUGGGCGUGGAACAGUUUUUGUGGUAG